AUGAAAUUCUUUACUUAUUUCAUUUUAUUUCGCUCUCCUUUAUUUACAGCUCCCGAUGAAGAUGCAUUUGUGGAAAAAGUUAUACAGGACAUUCCUUAUUUACCCAUUGAAAGACUCAACAGUGCAGACUAUACAAGUCGCAACCUUAACAGCUCAUGUGCUUGGUAUCCUCGUUUGCGCGAUGUCAAAAUACACAAUGAUUAUUGGCAAGAGUAUGAAAACCGCAAUAUUUCCUAUUACAUCUUUGGAGCCUAUUUGGAUAAUAGACCCGCUGUGGUGCAGAAUGAACCUGUGGUGCGCGUACUAACAAUGAUUAAUUUAUUGGGAAAAACAGACGAAGAGUAUCCGUUAACAUAUUGCCAGCUGUGGUAUGAUGAGCAACGUCAACCAAUUGUGGCACCCGUGAAGGAAAUGCAUAAAAUCUGGUACUAUGAAUGGGGCCAUAGUUCGGAAUACCAUUAUGCCCAUUUAUUAGCAUGUCCUUUGCCAGCAGAACAUAAGGAUAGAGUACCACGCACUGUAUCACUGGUAGCCAAUCCCUGUGACAAGGCCACCAAUAAUGUGAGAGUUACAUAUAAUCCCUUGUUUCCAGACGAGCCCAGAAAAGAAUUUGCUGUUUGUGUGAAAGGCUUAGAUUAUCCUCAUGUAGAUAUAUCGCAUCGUAUUGUGGAAUACGUUGAAACUAUGCGUUCUUUGGGGGCACAGAAAAUACUCAUGUACCAGCUACAAGUACAUCCCAAUACCACAAAAGUUUUGAAAUAUUAUGAGGAUACAGGAUUUCUUGAAUAUAGACCGAUGAGUUUGUCAACAGCGGGUAGCAACUUGCAUGACUUCCGACACUUGGAAAUUGAUAAGAAUGGCUGGUCUUAUAUUCUACACGAAGUGAUAGCCUACAAUGAUUGUUUGUAUCGCAAUAUGUAUCGCUAUAAAUAUGUGGCUGUGGUGGAUACCGAUGAGAUUCUGAUGCCUCUGGGUAAUACCACAAACUGGCACGAUUUAAUGGCCUUUGGUGAAACUGUCUCAACCGAGAAUUGUAAAACAUAUGCCAGUUAUUGUUUUCGCUGCAUCUAUUUUCCCCGGUAUCCGGAAAAACCCCGUUAUACCAAAGACAUACCCGAAUAUUUCUAUAUGCUUCAGCAUGUGGAGCGUGUAAGAGAGCAUAUAAGACCCGAUUGGGCUACCAAAUGUUUGCAUAGUACGGACAGUGUUAUAGCCACACACAAUCAUUUCUCUAUGCGGUAUGCAGAGAAUGUGUGUGGCAGUUAUUCAUUUGAUGCCGAUGUAGCUCAACUGCAACAUUAUCGCGAGCCCGAUAUUAAGGAAACCUUAAAUGAUUCUGUGGUGGAUUUAAGUUUGUGGCGUAUGAAAGAUGAAAUUAUAGAACGUUCAGAGAAAGUGUUUGAGAAGCUGGAGUUUCUGGAGGAUGAUUAGAAGGCUGAGGCUGAUUAAAUAU